AUGCGGCCAUUCAUGCCCUGUUCCCGUCUCUCCGCGGUAUCCCCUCCCCUCGCAUCUUUCCCCGCAUCCCCCGUAAUUCUCACUGCGCAGCUUGCUCCUCAAUUCUUCCGCCAAACCCCUCCGCCAACGUUCUCUCGUCAAAUCCGCGUCCUGAAUCAUCUCCCCUCCGCGCAAGUACAUAAGCGCGCAAUUUCCCGUCGCCUGGUUGCGCGCAGCGGCGCGCAGAGCGCAUCUAACGGGGAGGCUGACCGCGGAGACGAUUCGCGCGAGCCGUUCCAGUCAGGAGGCGGCGAUGGGGGCGCAGGGGGGGAAUCCGGCUCUUCCGAGUCGGAGGCGCGGCGGCUUGCGCUUGACGACGCGGCUCGGGCGGAGAUGAGGGCGCGAUCUGAGCUCGCGCUUGCGGCGAUGGCGGAAGGCUCCCGGGGAGCGGCUGCCGCGGUGGGAGACGCGCCGGGAAACGCGGCGGGAGAUACGGGAGGGAGUGGCGGGAGCGGUGACGGCGGCGCGUGGAAGUGGGCGGUGCGGAAGGGCGUGUGGGACGAGCUGGAGGCGCGUGACGUGGCACGACCGCCGCGCCCCGUGCACCACCGCAUUCCUAACUUUGAUGGGGCGGACAAAGCUGCUGCCAUGCUGGCAUCGCUGCCGGAAUUUCAAGCAGCAGGGUGUGUGAAGGUCAACCCAGACACGCCUCAGAAGGCUGUGCGGCUGGCUGCCCUGCAAGUACAUAAGCGCGCAAUUUCCCGUCGCCUGGUUGCGCGCAGCGGCGCGCAGAGCGCAUCUAACGGGGAGGCUGACCGCGGAGACGAUUCGCGCGAGCCGUUCCAGUCAGGAGGCGGCGAUGGGGGCGCAGGGGGGGAAUCCGGCUCUUCCGAGUCGGAGGCGCGGCGGCUUGCGCUUGACGACGCGGCUCGGGCGGAGAUGAGGGCGCGAUCUGAGCUCGCGCUUGCGGCGAUGGCGGAAGGCUCCCGGGGAGCGGCUGCCGCGGUGGGAGACGCGCCGGGAAACGCGGCGGGAGAUACGGGAGGGAGUGGCGGGAGCGGUGACGGCGGCGCGUGGAAGUGGGCGGUGCGGAAGGGCGUGUGGGACGAGCUGGAGGCGCGUGACGUGGCACGACCGCCGCGCCCCGUGCACCACCGCAUUCCUAACUUUGAUGGGGCGGACAAAGCUGCUGCCAUGCUGGCAUCGCUGCCGGAAUUUCAAGCAGCAGGGUGUGUGAAGGUCAACCCAGACACGCCUCAGAAGGCUGUGCGGCUGGCUGCCCUGCAAGGCAACAAGCUCCUGCUAACCCCCCAACCGCGCUUACGAACCGGCAACAAGCUCCUGCUGACCCCCCAACCGCGCCUGCGGACCGGUUUCUUCUCCCGCCUCUCUGCCGAUCACAUCCCGCCCGACCAGCUGCUUGCUGCCUGCACGGCGGCCGGUGUGGCUCGGCACGGAGUGCCGGUGGCGCUAGAGGACAAAGUUGCGGUGGAUAUGGUGGUGCUGGGGUCUGUUGCUGUUGAUCCCACCACUGGUGCCAGGCUGGGGAAGGGCGAGUGCAGCACGCAAGUUGCAGUGGAUAUGGUGGUGCUUGGGUCUGUUGCUGUUGACCCCACCACUGGUGCCAGGCUGGGGAAAGGCGAGGGCUUUGCAGAGUUGGAGUACGGCAUUCUGAGGUGGAUGGGGGCAGGCUUUGCAGAGUUGGAGUACGGCAUUCUGAGGUGGAUGGGCGCAGUCACGGACGACACGCCUGUGGUCACCACUGUACAUGACUGUCAGUUAGUUGCAGCAGGCGCCAUCCCCACCAGCAACCUCAGGCAGCACGACCUGCCAGUCGACAUCAUCUGCACGCCCACUCAAAUCAUCCGCGUCUCCUCCAGGAUACCCAAACCCUCAGUGUCAUUCUCCUCUCCUUGCAAGUGUCAUUCUCCUCUCCUUGCAAGUGUCAUUCUCAUUCUCCUCUCCUUGCAAGUGUCAUUCUCCUCUCCUUGCAAGUGUCAUUCUCCUCUCCUUGCAAGUGUCAUUCUCCUCUCCUUGCAAGUGUCAUUCUCCUCUCCUUGCAAGUGUCAUUCUCCUCUCCUUGCAAGUGUCAUUCUCCUCUCCUUGCAAGUGUCAUUCUCCUCUCCUUGCAAGUGUCAUUCUCCUCUCCUUGCAAGUGUCAUUCUCCUCUCCUUGCAAGUGUCAUUCUCCUCUCCUUGCAAGUGUCAUUCUCCUCUCCUUGCAAGUGUCAUUCUCCUCUCCUUGCAAGUGUCAUUCUCCUCUCCUUGCAAGUGUCAUUCUCCUCUCCUUGCAAGUGGCAUCUUCUCUCCACCCAAGACCUGCCUCAGCAUCUACUGGCACCUGCUCUCCCCCCAAAAGCUAGCUCAGAUUCGCAUUCUACAGCAACUCAAGAGCACCCUUGAAGCACAGACAGGCGCCGCCCUCCCUCUAGGACCAGACGAGGAGCUGCCGCCCGUUGCCGCCCGGCACGGGAAGGGGGGGCGGCGGAAGGAAGGGGGAAGGGGUGGGGGAAAGGUGGGGGAGAGGGGAGGCGUGGGGAGAGGGAGAGGGGAGAGGAGGGGAGGGGAAGGGAGGCGCAGUGAGAGAAAGGUGUGGAGGAGGGGCGAUGAUAGGGGCAGUGGAGGGGAGGAGGGGGGAAGAGAGUGA